CGCUAUUUCCGGUUACAUCAUCAGAGCGUGACGGAAGCUGAACCUGAACCUAGGGAAAGUCGGGAUCGACAGAGAUCGGAGCGGUCGAGAUGCCUGUGACAGUAGGGCCAUAUGGCCAGUCCCAACCCAGUUGCUUUGACAGAGUGAAAAUGGGCUUCACAAUGGGCUUUGCUGUUGGCAUGGCAGCAGGUGCACUAUUUGGUACAUUUUCUUGCCUCAGGAUUGGCAUGAGAGGACGAGAACUGAUGGGUGGCAUUGGCAAAGCCAUGAUACAGAGUGGUGGAACAUUUGGAACAUUUAUGUCAAUUGGCAUGGGUAUCCGGUGUUAGAUUGGAAUGUUAAUUUUUUUACCAUGAAGAUUAAUACUCCCGCUAUGUAAUAUAAUAAAUAUCUUUGCACCAGGA